AUGACUCCAGGAACUCAAUUAACAAAGACUGAAGAAGGAGAUCUAGUAGAUGCAACACAUUACAGAAGCCUGAUAGGUUCUCUCAAGUACUUAUUGCAUACAAGACCAGAUCUAUGUUACCCAGUCAGUCUGCUUAGUAGAUUCAUGCAAGAACCAAAGGAACAACACCUGAAAGCAGUAAAGCAAAUACUACGUUACAUCAAAGGAACUAAAGAGCAUGGAAUCAUCUACAAAAGACAAGGAGGAUGUAAGAUCACAGGUUAUAGUGAUAGUAGUUUUGGAGUUAAUACAAACAAAGGAAAAGGAACAACUGGUCUGGUAUUCUACUUUGGAGAAUCACCUAUAACCUGGUGUACACAGAAGCAACAGACAGUGGCACUAUCAUCAUGCGAAUCAGAAUUCAUGGCAGCCACUGCAGCAGCAUGUCAAGCACUAUGGCUUAAAAGAUUGUUAAGUGAAAUCACAUGA